CCGGCGGCGGCGGCGCCGCGCUCCCUCCAGCCGCGCCCGCGCAGCCCCCGCAGGAGUAAAUAUCAGUAUGACUGCAGUCUGAGGAAGGGCUUCUGUGUUCCUACCAAAAGCUUGCUGGUGCAGAGGAACAGUGCAAGGAGAGCAGCAAGGGCAUUUUGAGCUACCAUGGAUAUCCCCACCGAUUUGGUGCCAUCGUCCAUGAUGUCCCAGCCUGAGGUGAUUGAGUCUACAGCCAUGAGUGAACCACAGUGCUACUACAAUGAAACCAUUGCCUUCUUUUAUAACCGAAGUGGAAAAUAUCUAGCCACUGAAUGGAACACUGUCAGCAAGCUUGUAAUGGGACUGGGGAUUACCGUCUGCAUCUUCAUAAUGCUCGCCAACCUCUUGGUUAUGGUGGCUAUUUAUGUGAAUCGCCGAUUCCACUUUCCUAUUUAUUACUUAAUGGCCAACUUAGCUGCUGCGGACUUUUUUGCAGGGCUGGCCUACUUUUACUUAAUGUUCAACACAGGACCCAACACUAGAAGACUGACUGUAAGCACCUGGCUUCUCCGUCAGGGUCUCAUUGAUACCAGUCUGACAGCCUCUGUAGCCAAUUUGUUGGCCAUUGCUAUUGAGCGGCACAUUACAGUUUUCCGAAUGCAGCUGCACACUCGGAUGAGCAACCGCCGAGUGGUCGUUGUCAUUGUUGUUAUCUGGACUAUGGCCAUCGUCAUGGGUGCCAUACCAAGUGUCGGAUGGAACUGUAUUUGUGAUAUCACCCACUGCUCCAACAUGGCACCGCUCUAUAGUGACUCCUACCUGGUCUUCUGGGCUAUUUUCAACCUGGUCACUUUUGUGGUCAUGGUGGUCCUAUACGCUCACAUCUUUGGGUAUGUUCGCCAAAGGACUAUGAGAAUGUCCAGACACAGUUCUGGACCCCGCAGGAAUCGGGACACCAUGAUGAGCCUCCUGAAGACUGUGGUCAUUGUGCUUGGUGCUUUCAUAAUCUGCUGGACCCCAGGAUUAGUCUUGCUGCUCCUCGAUGUUUGCUGUCCCCAGUGCAACGUCCUGGCCUAUGAAAAAUUCUUCCUUCUCCUGGCAGAGUUCAACUCUGCCAUGAACCCCAUCAUCUACUCCUACCGGGACAAGGAGAUGAGUGCGACGUUCAAGCAGAUCCUGUGCUGCCAGCGCAGCGAGAGCGCCAACGGCCCCACCGAAGGCUCGGACCGCUCAGCCUCCUCCCUCAACCACACCAUCUUGGCUGGCGUCCACAGCAACGACCACUCCGUGGUGUGAAGCCACAGCCAGCCGCCUCACCGACAAAGAGCAGCGGGCGACGCUCGGGCGGGGCAGGUGCGUGGCCCCAGGGAAGGUAACCCACUCACGUUUUCUCAAACACUAAUGGACUACAAGUGCAUCUUUUCUGGGGGCGACGUACCAGCGCAGACUGCCCUGUCCACAGGAUUGGCCAUGCUGCAAAGCCUUUGAUUUCUACUUUGAAAAAGUAGAAAGUAGUUGCUUUGCAGAAGAGGCCAUCAAUAACCACGGAAAGCCUUGCUGAGACUUUGUUGGACUUUGCUGCAUCUUGGUGCCAGUCUGAAUCAACUCUGAUUAAUUAAGCUUAUACCUGCUUCACUGCAUUUACAUGUAGCCACUUAGUAUUUUUAAAAAGGGAGUAAAGGGGAUAAAACUAUGCCUAUCAUUUAAUAGACAUGUAAUAUGUAUCACCAUCAGCAUGCUUGUGAUGAACAUUUUCUGUGCAGGGAGUAAAACUGUGCUCUAGUCUUUGUAUCCUUAGCCACACUGUCAUAACUACAGUAAAAAGAAAAGUAUUUUUUUCUAACACAGGCAAGAGGAAGAUGAGGGAAACUGACUCUUCUUACCUUCAUUACUGGUGUUAGAGAAUGCAUGUUCUGUGUGUAUGCAGAUUGUUUUAAUUAUGAAAAAAAAAAAAAAAAGCUCUUUGUAAAGUCUGCCGGAAAGUAGAAAAACAUAGACUGUAUUCCAGUGUUUGUUUAGAUUAUGAAAUAAACAGUACUUUAGUCACAA